AUGAUAUCCCGCGUAACUGUGCGCUAUUUCAAGCCUAACGCUCCUCGGAUAAAGAUUCCUACGACGAAUUUAAUCGAAACGGCACCAAAAACAGAUAAAGGACGCUUCUGGCGACAGGGAAAGGCACUAGUGAAAAGACAUGGGACGUCCUUCAUUAUGCUGCGGCUCGUUGUCAACAUUUCUUGCUUUUCGGUGCUAACCAAGGCAUAUUUGGACUGGAUUCCUUCAGGCCAUAUCUACGAUCUCGUGGAGCUAAUAAAGAAGGUUGCGGACGAAGGCUACAUCCAGAGUCUAUUAGAAGGCGAAUACGACUUCGGAAACGGUGUCACAGUCAGUGGCGAGGUUGGUGCGCGAUUUGCCCUCUCACAAAUCAUCUUUCUUCUUAUCUUUAUUCCGAGAAAUGCACUUGCCGUAUGGAUGAUGUACAAUAUCGCCAACAGUCCUAGUUAUAAUGCUGCCAGAUUUCGCCGGACAAGUAUUGCAUACGGAAUUUUUGCGUUCAUUGGUGCAUUUUUGACGAUCCAAACCGUCCUUCUCAAGCACACUUCAAUGGCUGACUUUGCAGCAAAGAAGUGGAUAGAUGAUACGCAUCAAAAAUUUACUGAAGAAGGGAGAUCAAAGGAAGACAUCGAUAAAGCCAUGCUGCCUCUGAUAGAAAACUACAUCUAUCUAAAAUAUCUGAAGAAACUAACUGUUGAUGAUUUACGUUCAUACUACGAAUCGAAGUGGAUUGAAAAAAGCGAAUAA